CAUUGUUGGAUGUGAUCCUUGUGCAUCGUUUGAUAAAAUUUACCAUAUUCGUUAAGUUACUUGUGUCGUUUAUUGUAUUCCUUGAAAGACUAAAGUGAUGAGCGAUUUACGAAAAAUAAUCCAGCCCUAGAGUCCAAAUAAAGUGUUUAUUUUCAAACCUAAAAUGCGUUCAAAAUGUCACGCGAAGUGAGCUUCGGAUUCGUGAACACCAUACCGUGCUCGUAAUAAAUGUGGUUUUCAUUUGUAUUAUCGCAUCGUUAACUGAAUUUAUGCGUCGUUUUGUGUUCAGUAUGUCCGCAAGGUGACAUGGAUGCUCGGAAUUACAACAUGCGCACAUGAAACUGAUUUAGGAGAAUCUGUACACGUCGUUUGGGAGCGCACUUACGCGACAGAAGGCUUCAAAGUUGCCGGCAACAUUAUGGUGGACUGAAGGGUUGUUUGUGAACGGAUCGGAAUUGGACAAGUUUUGUAAACAGUGCCGAGAGGGAACCGCACACGAUGUCCGGUGGCUCGCAGCACAAUCCAAAUGGAAGGCAGUCGCAAAUAGGUGCUGGCUGGAGUCCUUUACAGUUACAGAUGGCCAACUUAUUGGCGCGCGCCCCGCAGGCGCACAUGGCGUCAGACCGUGGCGUUACGUGGCACACGCCCACACCGCCGCCGCACCUGUACCACGUGCCCGCACCCUCCCCUCCCGCGCUCGAUCCCUUGCAGGGUCUGUUGACGUUGCAGGCGAUGAAGGGCGGCGCCAACUCCGUGUUCCGCCACACCGCCACGCCUCCCGAGCUGUACCGGCACACGCCCACCCCGCCGGACAAGCAUCUGAUGAGUUCCAGGCACACUCCAUCCCCGGGGGACGUCAAAGGCGGCGCUGCUCUGACUCCAACGGAACUCUAUCCACAUUUGGGCCCCGGCAGAGAUAAGCUGAUGCGUCCGGAGGAUUUGAUGGGGUACGCCCGCGGCGGCGUCGACCUCACGGUAGGGGGGCCGCGGGGCACGAACGGCUCACCGGCCCCCAUGCACCCAACGCCGGGAGCUCCGGCGUUGUCAGUGCGGGACGCGCCGACCAUCAAUAGCCUCAUAGCACGCGCGGCGCCGCACGCACGUCCGGCGCACGCGAGAGUCGACGCCCUACUGGAGCGACUGUCGGCCGCGCCCGCCCCCUCCUCGCCGCACUCUGUGAUAGUGCACUCCCGGGCCGCGCCCACCCCCUCGCCGCCUUCCUCCAACGAGGAUUCGGCAGACUCUUGUGGGGCCCCACCCGGUUCCAAACGAAAAAGAAAACCGGAGCGCACUAUACGCGUUCCAGUCCCCCCACCCCUUAACCCACCAGUAGAGGCCUUCAAGCCCGUCACCCGAGUCUCACCACACUCGACCCAACCGCCCCUAGAAAACGGUGACACCAUGUACGCCACACAAAACGGACCGGAACAGCCGCUCUCCCCACCACAGUCAGAACCGCACGUGCGGAGAAAAACUCGCUCCGGAUCCGCAGAAACCAUAGAUGAUAUCGCAGCGAUGAUCGCCAGCACCACCACAGAACACAUAGACUCGACAAUAGACACUAUCCCCGCGCCGGAACCGGAAUUACCAGUCACAGUUGAUAAACUAAAAAGUGUUCUAGCAAGCCCCGAACCGGAACCCAAAUCCCCAGUCCCCCUUAAACCCUUAAGCCCGCCUCCCCAACCCGAGGAACAAAAUUCACUUAUUCAAAACUCCCCUAAGAAAUCCCCCCCACUAAAUCCCCCUCCACAAAAAUCUCCACCCAAAAAUGAUGAGCCAGAACCCCCAGCGACCGCGGCGGCACCUCGAAGGAGAAGUGCGAGGAACUCAAACGCGGAAUCAACUAAUGUACCUGUCGCGUCGCCAUCUGAAGCGAAACCCGCCGAGCCGGAGGCGAGUGAAGUGAGCGAAGCGAGAACUGCUGAGCCGACCGCAGCGAGCUUCGUAGAAGUGGAGAAUCAGCUGGAGAAGAUGUUCGCUGGCCUCGAAGAAGAAAACCCAGGUGGUCCCGAUCAGGAAGAAAAAGCUACAACAGAAAAAAAGCAAACCGCAAAAGCCAGGAAACGGAGAAAAUCCGCUCCUACCAAAGGGGAAAGGAAGGCGUCCAAACGUGCGAAUAGAUCGUCCACUGGAGAUGAAGGCCCUAGACGAAAGGCUGCCAGGAAAAAGGUGGUUGAAAAGAAGAAGAAGGACACAGUUACCCCCCAAGCGCCAGUGAAGGAUGCGUAUGAUUCCGGAAGCAAUGCAAGUUCGAGUCGAUCGAGAGGGCCGUAUAUACAGAUCGUGGGACCACGCGAUUCACCCGUAUCAGUAUCGGUCGUGAACGCGACCGCCGGAGCGACCGACGAGGAGAGGCGAACGGGCGACGAGUGGCGGAACGGUCUGCGCGCACGCGGCCUUCACGCGAGCACGCUGGGGCUUAGAUAUGACGCGUCAACGCCGGACGCGUCGUGGCUAUGCGCCUUUUGUGAAAAGGGCCCGCACUACGCUGGUCUUGGCGAUCUGUUCGGACCGUACCAGCUCGAUACAAGUUGUGAGGAGUUUAGAGCACUCGACGAAGCAUCAAAACAACGAUUCGCAUCGUCUUCGGGUGGAGCAGAGGUUUGGUUUCACGAGGCAUGCGGAGUGUGGGCGCCAGGGCUCCUAGCAGCAGGCUCUCGAGUUUGGGGGCUCGUAAGUGCUGUCUGCGGAGCCCGGUCCGCCCACUGCGGGGCCUGCGGUCUUCCGGGCGCAGCCCUAUCGUGUGCCACGCGUUCCUGCAGGGCCACAACCCAUGUGCCUUGCGCUACAACUUGGACCAUGAAAGAUGACUUCCGUGCAUUGUGUCCCAGACACGCCUAGCGAUCGUAAUAGUGAAUAUCAAAAAAGCCAGUUAAUGUUACCCGUGGAACUAUUGAUACGCGAUCGUGACAUCUGUCAAACUAGUGAUACGUGAACGUAGUCUCGUGUAAUCCGGGAAACUAGUGAUAUGUAAGAGUAAAUGCUACGUGACGCGGAAACCAAGCAAUUUUGUUACUUGAUUGUGUGUUAUGUGACGGUAACAUUUAGACAGUAAUAGCCUGUCAAAAUAUGGGUCUAGAAUAAGCAGAUGCGCAGAUCCCAGUUAAGUUCUGGGAGCGUAUUGUUGCAAGUUGGAUAUGUGAUUUUAAACUCUAUAAAGUGUUUGGAAGAAUUUUGUUACCUGAUCAUGUUUAAGCAAGUUUUAAUGUGCUAAGUUGACUUAAUAUAUACGAGAUAAAUAUGAAAUCGCUCUAGAUGGCCCUAAAUGAAUUAUGUUGUGAAUAUUUUCAGUAUAAUUAUUAUUUAUGCUAUCGGUUGAAAUAAAAAUUUAAAAAAUAAGCCCUGCUUAUGGAAUAGAAAUAACUUUGAUUAUUGACUUGUAGCAUUAUACUGUCUUUUUGAAUGCUUUAAAUCAACACAAGGAUGGUUGUUUAUAAAGAUAAUCAGCCACCUAAAUUAUUUUUCAUACAAAUCUUAUACUCAAAAUUGCUGACCCAUUUAUUUGUACGUUUAACUAACUUUGUUAUGAUGUUGGUACAACGCAACAAAGCAAACUUACAAAGUGUUCUUUGCUGCCAGUUACAGGACAAGUAAUCUGUGGCCCUACAUUCAAAGUUUUUGCUAUUUCGGGCAUGACUUAUAUCGUACACUCAUUUUGGAGUAAAUUCAGACCCUAUCUAGAGAGAAAAAAAGUAAACUCAUGUAAGAAACUCAUGUACUUAUUGCGAUUUUAAAUUAGACGUCAAUAGCUCAUUGCGACAUUUUAUGCGUAUUUGACAGUUGCAGUUCUGAGGCGUUUACUGCGCGUGAAAAUGUCGCAGCGUGCAAUGACUGCCCGUCUUAAAUAUCUGAUGAUGGAAUCUCUCGAGACAUAAUACUUAUCUUUAAUGUUGGAAGUUUUAUAUUAUCUUCGAAACAGUAGUCAAAAAGUUGUGGGAAAAUUAUCGAAAGACGCUUGUUAAUAGCUAAGUUUGUAAUAUCUACAUCCUAUAUGGAUACCUAGACUAUACUAUGAUUUUAUAGAAUAACUAUAAACCAAAAAAAAUUGAAAUUAUUAUGAAACUAGAAAAUAUGGUAGCCAAUUAGUUAAAAAUGCGACGUUUUUAAAUGUUUUACAAGACAGCAAAUUUUAUUAAUAUCUGCCUUCUGAACUGGUGGUAAAGUCACUCUACAAACAUUGACUUGACGUUUCAAAAGUGCGUAUAACCUAAACUACCUGAUAUAAAUGAUUUUAGAGUUUUUAAUUUUUUUAUUAACAUUUGUGUGACAUCAGGUGACAUUGAAUCUGAAAAUUAAAGUCAGAAAAAGGUAGGUAAGGUCAUGGAGGUAGGUAUUUGUCGACAUACUAGAAGUAAGAUAGAGAUACAACUAUACUCUACUUGUAGUAUUUUAUAUGGGAAUACAAACUUAGAUUUUAUCAAAUACGUUUUUUCUUAAACCUACAUUCUUUUUGGCUAUAACAAUUGCAUCCAAUUGACCAUGAGUAUAGAAUAGUGUUAACCAUAAUAUUCGAUGCCUUUAAUAUUAUACAGUGUGAUGUCGGUUUAACGAUAUCACGUUUAUAUAGGGUGUUCUGAUGCCAAAUAGCCAUGCAAUUUGUAAUACACCCCAUCCAAGUUACAUUUUCCCUAUCAUUUUGGUUUACAACAAAAAAGCAGAGUUAAUAGCAUUAUAUCAAUUGCUGUCAUGUGAAACUUUUAAAUAUUGAUUAAUACACACGCAAUGCGACUGCACGUGUAUAAUAUAAUAACAUGCCUGGAAAACUAGAAUAUGAUACUCAUCUUAAAAAGUCACACUAUAGUGCUCAUAUUUGUUUAGGAUACGCUGGGACAACAUAAACCAAAAGUGAGCAGCUAAAUUAUCAUUGGCAAAGCUUAUAAGACAGA